AUGAUCUGCAAGAAUGAAAUACAUAAGCCCAGUGGAACAACAAAAUGUUUUAAGGAUUUUCCAACAGUCAUCUUAAGCCUGCCAAGCUACAACCAUUCCAUCCUUUCUAUUCGUGCAACUGUCCUGGUAACUGGCGGUUCUAGUGGGCUUGGGUUAGAACUUGCCAAGGAACUUGCGAAGAAAGCUGGUAAAGUUAUUGUAGCAGAUAUUCAACCGUUACCUGCUUCUAUUGCAAAAGAAUUUGAAAAUAUUUUCUACUAUCAAUGUGAUGUAUCAAGUUUAGAUGAUAUCAAAGGAUUAAAGAGAGCUAUUAAGAAAGAUCACGGAAAUGUUAAUAUCCUUAUAAAUAACGCGGGAGUAGCUCAUAUCAAAAAGCUGGAAAAUAUGACAAAUAGUGAGGUGAAAGAAUUAAUUGACAUAAACUUAAUUGGUGCUUAUAGAAUCAUAAACACAUUUGCAGCAGAUAUGAUAGUCAAUGGAGAAGGCUUUAUAAUCGAUAUUGCCUCAGUACUCGGGGAACUAACGCCUGCAAGGCUGACUUCGUAUGGCGCAUCAAAAGGCGCCAUGAUUGGUCUCCACAAGAGUAUGUGCAAGCAUUUCAAAAAUUUGCGUACAGGGUAUAAUAAACCUGGUAUAAAAACAUUACUAGUGUGCCCUGGAAAAAUUCGAACAACUAUGUUCGUAGACGUCCCUACACCAUCCAAAUUUUUAGCUCCUGAUAUUGUACCUUCACAACUCGCGCUUGCAAUAAUUUCUGCUAUGGAACAUAAUCAUCUGGAAACACUGAACUCCCCCUAUUAUGUAAAUAUGGUUCCCUUUUUCAAAUCUUUGAGUUGGCCAUACAGACACCUCCUAAAACAUUUUAGCGGGAUGAAUCACGUAACAUCUAUACAGCCAACGACUAGUGCAUGA